AUUAAAUAUAGUAGAUUUUAAGUUUUAAGUGAACAUUUUAAACUUUAGUAUAGUAAUUUGAAAUAAUUUUAUUGAUAGUAAUUAAGUUACUUUUUGCAUGACACUGGCAUCACUGUUAUCAACGGAUUUUAGUACUUAACACCGUUCAAAACUCAUUCAAUUUUUUAAUUCUGUUACCAGUCAUUUUAUUUAUUUAUUUAUUUGUUGGUUAGUAUUUCUUAAUCAAUAGUGAAUUUUAUAACUUAAGACGAGAACAUCCCGUAAUAACAGAAGUAUUAUACGAAUUUUUUUUUUUUUAUGAAUUUGUUACUUGAUUUAAUUGUCAAACAUAACAAAACUAUUUCGUUAAUUUACGUCAAUUGCUUGCGCUUUGUUUUUUAAUUUAAUACAGAUUUGGAACCAUGAGUUCUUUCUGGCUGUUGUGUUAUUGAUAAAAUUAUAACUGGAAAAAGCAUUAUUCAUAUUCUUCUAGUUGAAAUGACCUGAAGUCUUAUUCUUUUAACACAGUUAUUACCAAAACAAUGGCAGGAACAACUGAAGAAAUGUUGAUUAACUUAGACAGCCCUGAAAAGAAUAGUAAUGUUGUGGUACAUAAUCAUUAUCUUAAAAAUCCCCUCAUUCCAGGACCUGAUUUUAAUUUCAAUGAGUUGGAAAAUAAUAAUCCUUUUGACAUUGUGGCACAUAGUGCUGAAAACUGGGAUCCUUUUGAAUUAGUUUUACACCAGUCUUUGAUGCAUUUUGAAGAAAACAAUAAGUCUUGUGUUGAAAAUUGUGAAAAGCUGGUUGAUGGUGAAUUUAUUUCAAGGGAAUGUAAUAGUCGAUUGAAUCGCAGCAAUUCUGUUUCUCACAAUGUCAAGUUUUUUCCUACUUCUGAAAAACAGUAUGAAAAAUCUGAAGAUGAUGUUUUAAAUGUAAGUAGUCGGUCACUGGAUAAUUCUCCUUCAUUAAGGGAUAGGAUUAAGCGAGUUGUCAAGAAACGUGUUGGUAAAUGUAUUGAAAGAGCACUCAGUGGAAGUACAGUUCAAGCUGAAAGCAAACGUGAGAUUCCAACUUCUAAAAACUUGUACAAUCUGAGGUCAACUUCUACCAACUUGGAAAAUCAGUUCCCCAAAUACAAAGAUGAAUCAGAAAUAUACAAUCUUAGCCAUAUUCUGGAGGAAGCAAAACAAUUGUCUGUUAUUUUAAAUAACAUAUCAAUUAACGAGGAAGUCAGUAUUUCAUAUAAUAAAGGACAGAAACAUUCACCAUUAAAAGAAAGCAAGAAGUUACUUUCUGAUACUAAAGUACAUGAAGAAGAUCUUAUGUCUGUAAGUCCACCUUGGGAAGCAGGUGAUGCUUAUUCAUCUGACAGUGAUGAUAACAGUAUUGGACUCCCUAAAGUUAAAUUGUUUUAUGUAAAAAAGAAAGAAAAGAAAACUGAAAUUAAUCACGAGAAGCUUGCCCACUACAAGAAAAGGAUACGUGCAUCAAUUGAUGGAAAUAUGUCUUGUGAUGAAGAUUUUACCUUACAA